AUGGACGUUUUGGAGGUGUGUAUGUAUCUCUCAAUGAAAAAUACUGAUACAGCAGAAGGGGCGGAGGGCGACCACCAUGAUGGGGGUACAAAAUGGCAGCAUAAGGUGGGAUUUCAUCGGCGUAUUAUUCAGGUGGAUGCUGCUUGUGUACGUUGUGGUAGUUUGGAAAUACCGUCACACAUCCUCUUUGACUGCACUUUUGCUCAGGCUGUUUGGUUUGGAAGCAAUAUUGGCUGUAAUUUCUUUACAUCUACUAUCUCCUCUAUUGCUGAAUGGAUCUCUACUUGGGGGCAAUUUGCACAUUUGGGGAAGAAGGAGGCUCGUUCUAAGAAUGAUGCUAUCUUUGGCCGGCGCACAUGGAAACCAGAGGAUGUAAUUGCUGCAGCGUCUUCCUCAUGUAAGGAAUUUAUUGGGUCUCUUCCUACUGCUCAAGUUGUUUCUGCUGCACAUUUCGAUCAUCAUCUGCAGUGGCAACGGCCUGAUCCGGGCUUUAUUAAAUGCAAUUGUGAUGCAAGUCUGCCAUUGAGCGAUUCUUUUGGGGGCCUGGGUUAUGUUUGGCGUAAUUCAGCAGGUGAUCCUAUUAAAGCUGUGUCAUUACCGUAUUCUUUCAAUGAUAUUUUGGUGGGUGAAGCGUUGGUGGUACGUCAAAGCUUGGUGGAUCUUCAUGCAUUUGGACAUAUGAGGGUUGUUAUUGAAUCUGAUAAUUCCAAUCUCAUCAGAUUCCUUACUGACAGCACACACGCUUCGCCAUUGCUGAUUCGCCCGAUAGUUGAUGAUAUAUUGCAUUUGUCAUUCUUGUUUUCAUUUUUGAUUAAUAUGCUGCGGUGCUUGAGAGUAUAUAAUAAGGGAAAAGGAUCUGAAAAAGAGAAAAAGGAGUCUGAGACUGGAAAAGAAGAAUUCUUCUUAAAGAAUGGGGCAUUAUUGUUAGAACAGCUAGUUACUUCUUGUGAUGGAAAAUCUAAUCCCAUCCGUGUCUUCUCUGCUAUAGAUCUCCAGAUAGCCACCAAUAACUAUGAUCUAAACCUAAUAAUUCGCGAAGAUGGAUCCUAUAAGUCGUACAAAGGAACCCAUGAAGAGCAAAUGAUUUCGGUUAAAAGGUUUGAAGGUCAAGGAAAGAGGUAUUGGUUGGGAGAGAGUAUAAGAGAAGUGGUGAUAGCAUCACAAUUGAACCAUAGCAAUGUUUUGAAGCUCUUGGGCUGCUGCUUAGAAACUAAAGUUCCUAUCCUUGUUUAUGAAUUUGCAUCCAAUGGAGUUCUCUUUGAUCAGAUUCAUGGUAAGAAAGAUGACUCUUCAACAACAACUUAUAUGCUAUUAUCAUGGGAGACAAGAUUGAAGAUUGCAAAUGAGAUUGCUAAUGCAGUAACUUAUGUUCAAAUGGCCACUUCUGAGCUCAUUGUACAUCGCGACGUAAGACCCAGUAACGUUUUCUUGGAUCAUAAAUGGGUCUCCAAGUUAUCAGAUUUCACAUCUUCAAUAUCAAUUCCAUCAGGUGAAACACAUGUGGAAGUUGAUAGUGUAAGAGGGGCUCCUGGAUUUAUCGAUCCCGAGAGCAUUCGUUUGAGUCAUUUAACAGAGAAGAGUGAUGUAUAUAGCUUUGGAAUGCUUCUACUUGAGCUCUUAACUGGGCAUAGGGCUUACAGUAUACACCGUGAGAACAGCGGUUUAAAGGCUUUCUUACAUGAUCACGAGAGGCCCUUUGUGGAGGAUAAUAGAGUGAUUGAAGUUUUGACACCUAGUAUUUUGCAAGGAGGGAUGAUCAAUCAACAGCAGUUGCAAGCUUCCAUGGAGCUUGCCCUGAGAUGCACAAGAGAAAAAGCAGAGGAGAGGCCUGCAAUGAUUGAGGUGGCAAAAGAACUAAAACAGAUUCAGAGAACCUCAUCAGAUUACUGUCAAUUAUAGAGCAAACUGCAGAUUUGUAUUUCCAUUUUGAGAUUUUAGA